AUGGCCUCUAUAGAGGAUACCAUGACUGAUUUUGUGGCACUUAUACACAUUGCUUUAAAUGCAGAUUUUAAGCUCACAGCCAGUCCUAUGUUCCUUUUUAGUGGAGUGUAUGUUCUACGGUAUGUCUGUAUUACACCAACUAAACAAGUCUGCAGAAUGUGUUGCUUUAUAACAGCUCCAUAAUAAUAAUACAACUUUGAGCUUGUGUCUUUCCAUUAUAACCAAAUCCUUUGUGAGAAUAUGCCUGUGGCUUUCGAUAAGCAAAACAAGUUAUCAUUUGGUUCAUUGUCCAGUUCAUUUGUCUAUUGAAUGUGGUUCUUUUUUUUUUUUUUUUACACUAAUACUGAUGGAACACAUAAGUAAAACAACCAAAAAUAUGGAAACAUAUUGUCAGUUUUACUUAUUUUUUAUUUUGCUGUAUGUCACUUUAUUAGCCUGUGUAGCUUUAUACAUUUGACUUGUAUGGUUUGUUUGUUUUUUUGUGUGCUUUUGUUUUUACAUUUUGGCGCGAUUUAAUACUUUUCACGUGUGUAUUGCAGUUUAGACUUUCUGCCUCUUCUUUUGUGCCUGCUUGGAAUAUUCACCCUAUCUAAUAUUAUACAUGACUUUGUAUUAAUGAAACACAUAGCUUACUGCUAACUCCUUAUGAACAAAUAAUGGCCCUAUCUGGAAACUCAAGUUAUAGUGCAAGCUUCUUAGUUAUGCUUUAACCAGAAUUCCUCUUUGUUUAGUGUAAUUUAUCAACCAAGGUUAUAACGUUCAUUUAGAGUAUGUGGUAAAAUUCUACAGGGAAUAAAAAUGCUUUGCUGGGAUCAGUAGGGGAUCCCACCAAUGCUUCCACUCUUCUCAAUAGAAUUACUAGCAAUUAGUGAUGUUCCGAACGGUUCGCCGAAUGGUUCGCGAACGGUUUGCCUUGAACGGUUCGCCACGGACUCAUCAUUGAGUAAACUUUGACCCUGUACCUCACAGUCAGCAGACACAUUCCAGCCAAUCAGCAGCAGACCCUCCCUCCCAGACCCUCCCACCUCCUGGACAGCUCACUAAGAAUGCAGCUUCAAAAUGGAUGCUGUCCAGGAGGUGGGAGGGUCUGGGAGGGAGGGUCUGCUGCUGAUUGGCUGGAAUGUGUCUGCUGACUGUGAGGUACAGGGUCAAAGUUUACUCAAUGAUGAGUCCGUGGCGAACGGUUGUUUGCGAACCGUUCGGGACAUCACUACUAGCAAUAAACAGGGUGUAUGCAGAGAUAUAAUCAGAUUAUUUUUAUUUAUACCAUGUUAAAACAUACAUUGACUGGUGAAACAGACAAUAUUGUGUUAACACAAUGUAAUAGUGGAGAUCAGCCUCCCUUAUGGUUUGAAAAACAUGCCUACAUACAUUAUUAAGCUUUCUUAAACACAAGGAAAGAAUAUGCAUGCAACAUUAUAACAGAAAAUGUAAGCCUUUAAUUCACCUUUAAAAUAUGGUAUUAAUCAAUGUAUAAAAUGUGAAUUAUUAUGUAUUAAUUAACAUAAAAUAGAUAAGGUGUGCAUUUACUAGUACAAAAAGUGUGAUCAUUUGUUUAAAUUAAAGUAUUACAUUUUAUCUCUGUUCAAACCUGCACAUUCUAAGGGUCUCCAAAUCGAUAAUUUAUGUUAAAGGGACCCUAUAGUCACCAGAACAACUACAGCUUAUUUUAGUUGUUCUGGGGAGUAUAAUCAGUCCCUUCAGGCAAUUUGCAGUUAACACUUGUUUCGGAGAAAAGACAGUGUUUAAUAUACAGCCUAGGUAAACCUCCACUGGCCACUCCGCAUGUGGCUACUAGAGGUGCUUCCAGGGGCAGUGCUGCACACUGCAGCACUGCCAUUCAGUGUCUCCACCCUCUGCAUGGAUACACUAAACUUUUCUCAUAGAGAUGCAUUGAUUAAAUGCAUCUCUUUGAAGAGAUGCUGAUUGGCCAGGGGUGUUUUUGACUUGUGCUGGCUCUGCCUCCUUGACAGUAUCAGCCAAUCCAAUAGGAAAGCAUUGUUAUUGGCUCAGAGAAUCACUUCUGAUGAUGCCAGCCAAGCAGACAGAUCAUGGGCAGAGCUAGCAGCAGACUUGAAUAAAAGUAAGAUUGUACUAUAUUAAGCAGGGCUUGGUGGUGGUUUUAACACUGUAGGAAUACAUUUGUGUUCCUGACCCUAUACUUUAACUCCCGCUGGAUUGCUCGAAUAUCUAACUAUAGGAUGCUAGAGUAAUACCGAUUUAUUCUUCUAGAUUGUAAAACUUGAAGAAAACAUUGAGAAGUUGACUGAAAAAAUACAAAGGUAUGUUCAUUAUAGUUUAUUUUUACUAUCAACUCAAAGGAUGUGUAAUAGUUACAAUUUGACUGAAACCUGGAGCUGUCAAUAAGAAUUUUCAAAAACUUGCUUCUCCUCACUCACAUACUAAUUAUCCUGACCAGUGACUGGGCAAUUAACAUCUCAUUUGAUAAAAACCUUUUUCAUUUUAUAUCCGACCUCUCCUAUUUGUUUGUGCUAUCCUCACCAUUCCCUCUUCCAUCUUUUCCCAAAAUAACAUAUAUUUUUCAGUUUAUAUUAGUUUACUAUUUAUUUAGGUCUUAAGUUUGAAAAUUCUUCCAAUCCACUUACAAUGUUCUAAAUUUUGAGGAGCACUGUUUAUGCAUUUUCACCUAUAGAGAAUUGAACGAAGUAUAAAAUGUUUUUCCUAGAUCAUAUUUUCAGGCACAAAUUUAAUCUGUCAUCUUGCAGUUGUUGUGUCACCCUAGUGUCAUAAAAUUACACGUAAUGACCUCUAUUCACCAACUCCCCAGUCUGGUCAGGAUUUAUGGCUCUGAUUACCAGGCCUGUGGAGUCAAAAUUAAAGUUGUGGAGUCGGAGUGUGGAGCAAUUUUAAGUGGAUUUGAAGUUGAAUAUAAACUAUUUAAAAUAAAUACUAUUUUAUGAGGGCAUGUAAUGCAAAUGCAUUUUGUUUGCAUAAAAAGGAUGAGUUAAAGCUACUUAUUGUGAUUUUGAAACUAAGAGGUAAUGCACAUUUAUUGGUGGGAGAGCAUACACACAUCUCUCUCACAGCUCUAUUGAAUAAACAGAGGCACAUCCAACAAGUUUAAAACAAAAUGUUUUGGUUUUCAGCAUAGUAACAUCCAUUCCUAUAAAAUUCAAAAUACUAUAAAUACAUAUCAAAAAUCCCACUUUUAAUUCACUACUACAUACUGACCCUGUAACAUUGAACCUAAAUGUAUUUGUUCAAAUGCAGAAAAAAAAUUACCUCUCUUCAAAACUUGCCAGCUUUAUUUUAUGUAGCAAUUUUUUCGUUUGUACAAAUUACUGCAGCCAAUUAUUUUGUUACUUAUUGUUUUACAGUGUCAGCCAAAAACCUACCCCGUCGUCUUAUCGAAUUCAAGUUCCAAAUACAGUAAAAACAUCUAGCUCACGUAAGCAGACAUCCAUAAACUGUAAAAUAUGUAAUUUUUGAGAGUAUUUAAUUAAAGGGUUACUAUUAGUGAUGUCCCGAACGGUUCGCCGAACGGUUCGCCACGGACUCAUCAUUGAGUAAACUUUGACCCUGUACCUCACAGUCAGCAGACACAGUACAGCCAAUCAGCAGCAGACCCUCCCUCCCAGACCCUCCCACCUCCUGGACAGCAUCCAUUUUGAAGCUGCAUUCUUAGUGAGCUGUCCAGGAGGUGGGAGGGUCUGGGAGGAAGGGUCUGCUGCUGAUAGGCUGGAAUGUGUCUGCUGACUGUGAGGUACAGGGUCAAAGUUUACUCAAUGAUGAGUCCGUGGCGAACCGUUCGUGGCGAACCGUUCGUGGCAAACCGUUCGUGGCAAACCGUUCGUGGCGAACCGUUCGCGAACCGUUCGGCGAACCGUUCGGGACAUCACUAGUCACUAUAGACUAGAUUUGAUCAGUAAGCAGUGCAUUAAAAAUAUGUAAAAGCAAUUAAUAUGUAAAUAGUAAUUCAUAUUUGAAGUUCCUGCCUUUCCUGCAAAACUCCAAAAAGGCAAUGAGCUCUCAAACAAACAGGAAGUGAUUGUACUACUGAGCUUAUCCCAUAAGAAGUGCCUUAUGGAGAAAGCAAUAGUUUAUGGGAGUUGUAGUUUGAAUGACAGUUUUUUUUUUUUAGUGUAGAACUGCAACUACAGAACUUCAGAAACCUGAAAUGUCAUAACAUCAUGUACAACAAUAUGAAAAAGGGAAACACGGCAUGGAAACAUGGGAAGAAAGCACAGAAAUGGGGUGUGCUUAUGCAUCAUAGUUUAGUAAAAUAUUGGAUGGACGCUAUAGGUAACCAGAGGACUUCAGCUCAUUGUGGUCUGGGUGUAGUGCCCCUGUUCCCUUAACCCUGCAGUGGUAAUUAUUGCAAUUUUUAUAAACUUCAAUAAUUACCUGCCAAGGUUAAGUCCACCUCUUGUGGCUGUCUACUAGACAGCCCUAGAGGGACUUCCGGGUCGUUAGGCUACUUUUCGCUAUGCAUGAGAACAUCCAGCGUCUCUUGAAACCCCAUAGGGGAAAGCAUUAUACAAUGCCUUCCAGUGGAGGAAGUCCUAAUGCGGCAUUACUUCCCCGGCGGGGGAGGAACAGAGAUGGAGCAUGAACCAGCGCCAAGGGACAACUGCGCUGGAAUCAGGUAAGUGACAGAAGGGGGUAUUAACUAUAGAAAACCUGCUCAACAUAACUUAAAGGAGCACCAUAGUCAAACUAUAAAAGCAAGAAAGACAGGUCCCCUAGCCUUUAUUCUUGCUUUUAUAUUAUUUUUCUAUUAAAAUUUGAGUGCUUUUUAUCAUAUAAACUUACCUCCAUUCCAGCGCCGAGCUCGUUGGCAUGCCACGCCCCCUUUUCCAGUCAAAAUGACAAAAUAGCACUGCUCAAUCAGACUCUCUUGGAGAAGCGUCAUCGCUCUCUGAUGCGCAUGCGCGGCUUGCCGCUGCCACUCUAUGAAUGAACUGAGCGCUCUACCGCACAUGUGUGCGGUAUGCGCGUUUAUCUCGCUGAGCUGACAGACAGCUCAGCUCACUGUUUAAGCCCGCCCCCUUCCUCCUGUAACUCUCAUUAGCCCAAAGUUUGUGUACAAACACUAUAUAUAGAGAUAACUCUAUAUAUAGUGUUUGUAUACAAACACACACUUUGUUAGUAAAUAUUGUAAACAUACACACACACACUAUAUCUAUCUAUAUCUAUUUCUAUCUAUGUCUAUUUCUACCUCUAUUCCUAUCUAUCGAUCUGACUCAGUCACUCAGGCUCACACUCACUCACUUACUUUUACUUACUUACACUCUCACUUUUACUCACUGUCACUCACUUACUUUUUCUCUCUCACUUUUACUCACACUCACUGUCUCACUCUCUCCCACUUUUACUCACUAUUUUACUAACUCACAUUCACUUUCUCUCACUCUUACUUUUACUCACGCACGCUCUCUCACUUUUACUCACUUUCACUCACACACUCACUUUCUCACUUAGUCUCACUCACACUCUCUUUCACAAUCUCACUCUCACUCAUUCACUAGCACACUCACUCUUACUCACUCUCAUUCACUUAUUUAAAAAAAAAGUUUAUUUACUGUUUGAAGUCAGUGGAUCCUCCUGUUCGCUCUCCUGCCUUCAGCCUGUCAGCCAGAGCCGACCCAUUUUCAAUACCCUGGCUGAGGGAAGGAGGUUCUCACCCAAGAUUUGGCGCUACUCCAUCGUCCCUUUGAUGUGGAGAAGUUGCCCUGUACUCUUAGCAGAAAAACACCACCAAAGCAUAAUGUUUCCACCUCCAUGUUUGACGGUGAGGAUGGUGUUCUUGGGGUCACAUGCAGCAUUCCUCCUCCUCUAAAUACGGCAAGUUAAGUUGAUGUCAAAGAGCUUGAUUUUGGUCUCAUCACCCAGUUCUCGUCUGAAUCAUUCAGUUGUUCACUGGCAAACUUCAGAUGGGCCUAUACAUGUGCUUUCUUGAGCAGGGAGACCUUGCAGGUGCUACAGGAUUUGAUUCCUUCACGGCGUAGUGUGUUACCAAUUGUUUUCUUGGUGACUAUGAUCCCAGCUGCCUUGAGAUCAUUAACAAGAUCCUCCCGUGUAGUUCUAGGUUGAUUCCUCACCGUUCUCAUGAUCAUGGAAACUCCACGAGGUGAGAUCUGGCCUGGAGCACCAGACCGAGGGAGACGGACAGUUAUUUUGUUUCUUCUAUUUGCGAAUAGUCGCACCAACUGUUGUCACCUUCUCACCAAGCUGCUUGGCGAUGGUCUUGUAGUCCAUUCCAGCCUUGUGCAGGUCUACAAUCUUGUCCCUGACAUCCUUGGACAGCUCUUUGGCCAUGGGAUAGAGUUUGGAAUCUGAUUGAUUGCUUCUGUGGACAGGUGUCUUUUAUACAGGUAACGAGCUGAGAUUAGGAGCACUCUCUUUACACUUAAAAUUAACAUAUCACUAUUAAAUCACAUUUUACAGGCUUACAGCACCACGUCCUCACAACUUUUUCCAAUCAGCCACCUUUCCUUCCUCAAAGGUAUCAAGAAUAGAUCGACUUCCAACUAAGAAUAGCUUACCCUUAGACUGUACCAUAUUCAGGUACAGGUCAUAACCAUUGGAUAACUCCUUUAAUGUCCGGACUAACUCGGUCAUCUAGUAGCCAUUAACAUGACACUCUAGACAUGUGCAAUUCGUUUCGGUCCGAAUAUGAAUUCGGAUGAUAUUCGGGCAAUUCAGACAUUCAUGUACUUCCGAAUGUCCGAAUUGCUGAAUUGCCGAAGUGCCGAGGUCCCGAAGUUCCGAAAUUACCGAAUUUCCGAAGCGCCGAAGUUCUGAAGUGUCAAAAUGCCAAAGUGCCGAAGCUCAGUAUUGCCUAACUACUAAUAUACUUACCCAGUGAAAGAAGAAGAAUGUUAUAUAAAAUUUAAGUUACUUAGCCAGUCAAUGUAAUGACAGAAAUGAAUAAGUAGAUAACUCCCUAAUUCCCACGGUAUUAGGGAGCUAUCUCAAAAAGGCUGAAAGACCUGAAUUGGGGCAAAAUUUACUAAUACUAAGUAAUUUUUACUUAGUAUUAGUAAAUUUGUCUGAAAGACUAAUUUAGGUCUUUCAGCCUUUUGGUAGAUAACUCCCUAAUACCGUGGGAAUUAGGGAGUUAUCUACUAAGCGGCUGCAAGAGAAGUGCCGAAGUCCCGAAAUUCCGAAAUGCCGAAGUUUCGAAGUGUUGAAGUGCCGAAGUUGCCGAAUUUCUGAAGUGUCGAAGUUCCAAAGUGCUGAAGUGCCGAAGUUCCGAAGUGUUGAAGUGCUGAAUUGCCGAAGUCCCGAAUUGCGAAAGUCCCGAAUUUCGGAAUGCCGAACUGAACCGAAAAUUUUCCCCAUGCACAUGCCUAUCACACUCUACGGCCGCCUCAGACUCCGAGAGUCCACUGUGGUCUAUCAAUGAAUGUCAGCUCUGGUUUUCAAAACUAUCUAACAGAACCAUACAUGGUGACCACCACGUUAGGUCUUGACUCUCAUCCAAACCAACCACACAACUAUCUACCUACAAUUCCUCCGUAUCUACAAAGAAUCUCUGGGUUCUGGUUAUAUACUCAACUUAUUUCUAUCCCUAACACUUCAAAGACCGGGCAGAUAGAAUCCUCUGUUUACAGCACUUUACUUCACCUCCUGAAAAGAACUCAGGAAGCCUUUAAAUGUCUAGCAUUGUAAUAAAUUAUGAAUAAAGUGUGUUUUCUGCAAUAUCUUUUGCCCUCUUUAUUACAGGCCUACCCGUAAGUUGGUUUCAGCACACCACUACCAAUUUUCCCCCUUCCUCUCUAUUUUCAUAUGAAUUAAGUUCCGACUACAAAAAUAAAUAAAUAAAUAUAUAUAUAUAUAUAUAUAUAUAUAUAUAUAUAUAUCAUUAAAUACACAUAAAAAUACACUGCUAGACACACAAAUGCACACUGCCAAACACGUGCACAGAUUCAUACACAGUCAUACAUACACUGCCAGUAACAUACCGAUAUACAUUGCCAUACACAGAAAUAAGCACUGCCACACAUUGAUGCACAUAGAUACACUAGACCCAUCAGUAAAUACAAAGUGCCACAAAUACACUCUGCCAUGAACAGAUACACACUGCCACACACCCACUGCCAGCCACACACAAACAUACAGUUACGCAUGUUUUUAGACUCCCUCCUUCUUACCUGCCUUUUAGGUGGCUUCCCUGGGGUCUUGUGUUUGUGUUUUUUUUUUCCUACAACAAUAUUUCAGUAAAGCAGGAGGUGUGUAUAAUUGACAAGGAAAUUGUCAAUUUCAGAAUUUAAUAUUCUCCAAUUUAGCCCUUUCGGUUUAAAUGUUGUAAUCAUCUUCACUCAAACAUUCUAAUACCAUUUAAGCCUCUAAUUGAUGUUAAUAUAGAACCAGAAAAAAAACCCCAUCAAAACGUUUCACAAUUGAAUAAAUAAGUAUGAGUUUAUUUGUUUCCUGCCUUCUAACAAGAAACCAAUUGACUCUUUUUUAAGUUUCUUACUCUGUCUACUUUUAUAAAGAUGUUUUUAAAUCAUAUCAUAUUAUGUAUAGUACUAAGAUGAAAUGUUCACGGCUUUAUAAGCCUUUUAAUAAUAGUUCUCUUUUUUUUUUAUAUGCAGUUGCACAAUCAGAAAUCAAGUCUGGUUAUUCUCCCUAUUCUCUUCCAUUCCCAAGGCAACCUGCUUUUCAUAAGUAUGUAUGUGAGGUGGUAGAGAAAUAUAUUAUUUGAUGCUAUUUUUUAAAAUGGAACUUUCUUUUCCAUACUGUAAUUUAUGUUAUUUAUAAAACUGUUUUUUUGGGGUUUUUUUUAAUACAUACAAUCCAAUUAUGGGCUUUUUUCCAAUCUUGUCACUACUUGUAGCUACUUUUAGCAUGUAGCGGCUGUAUACAGACUGCAAAUGUUUACCGGCAGCAGCAGGGAGUUACAUAGUAGGUGAAUAGCUUUAAGUAGAGGCUAAUGACUUCCAUUAUUCUCUACUGGAACUGCUACAGUUUAUGACUGUUCUUCAACCUUGUCCCUACUGCUAAAUGAUUGCUGCUAACCUUCAAAACAGGAGUCAAGAAUUUUGCCUUGUACAAAGAAGUUAACAGCCAACUCCCUGAUAUAUCAUGUAGGAAAAAUGCAUGUUAGCUUUAUGGCUUUCCAUUGAAACCCAAUAAGCACAUAUAAGAUCAUAUUAACCCAUAUCAAAAAGCUGUAAAAAGUCUGCUCAUCACUUAAAUAAUUUAAAGAAACAGUAGUAAAAUUAAGGAAAAAAAGCAGACAUGAUAAAGACAUAAAAUUAUUCAUAUAAAUUCAUUUAAAAACUCAGUCUACCUACCCUCAACCUAAAACAGGGGCCAAUAUAUCUAAAAACCUUUCCAAAACAAUUAUACUCACCAUCACCUUACAUCUGUUCUUCAGUCUCAAAAAGGGGCAAAUACAUUUUUUUUAAAAUGCAUGUUGCAACAAAUGAAAAAAAAAAAAAAACUUGAUGGGAAUAAACAAAACAUCAGAAAAAUUCGGAACCGUUUCUAAAUAAAAAGUACCCGGUAAUCCAUCUUCACCCAUGGAGGGCUCCCCACAGACUUAUAUAGGCUUACACAUGCUAUCUCAGCUAUUUAAAAUUCCCACGCUUUGCAGUAUGACCACGAGCACUUUGGUUAGUAAGUAAACCAUUCAGAGUACUCUGACAGCCAAACCUUGAAAGAAAUCUCACUUCUACCAAGUCAUGAACUACUGGUAAAUGUGUAACGUCCUGGAAUCAGUGAGACUGUCCCAAAUUCAGGGUCCUGUCCUAUGUUUGCUCUCUGGUUUCCCCAGAUGUUGACAAAAAAAUUAAAGGCAAGCACAUCUGUUGAGUCCCAAAUCAAACACAAGGUAUUGAGCCAAGCAGCACUGAGUAAGGCUGGUCAGCUUGACUAUUUGUUAUCCUGGUUUGCAUUUGUGUCAGACAUGACUAUGAAGAACAACGUCCAACAGCUUUCUUCUUCAUAGGCCCACCCUUUGUGACUGUUUAGAAUAGGUCCUUAUUUCAUGGAAUGUUUAGUUAUUUUGCCGUAGCACAAUAAAACUCCCCACAGAAUGUUUGUGAGUGGUUGGACUUUCAAACCCAGUUAACUGGUUGGCAUUCAUAGGGUUAACAUAACUGUAACUGAUUUUAUCUUAAAAAUUAAUUGCGUUUGACUGUAUUGUGUGUGUAUACAUAAGCACGUGUGUAUAUUAUAUACGUUACUCUGUUUUAAAGGGACACUAUAGUCACCUGAACAACUACAGCUUAAUGUAGUUGUUCAGGUGAGAUCUAUAGCUCCCUGCAGGCAAUCUAAUGUAAACACUGUAUUUUCACAGAAAAUACAGUGUUUACAUUGAUUGAUAGGAAUACCUCCAGUGGCUGUCACUCAGACGGCCACCAGAGGGACAUCCUAUCAUGUAUGGCCCUAAAAAUGACAUGUACACGUCAGACGUAUUAAAAUACGUCUGACGUGUGGAGGAGAGAGAAGGCACUGUGUGCGCGCCUUCUCUCUCCUGCCUGUCAGCAGAGGAGAGGGGACGGGCAAAGACUGCGAGCUGAGCUGUCAGUCAGCUCAGCUCGCGGCCGCGCACACCGCGCGCAUGUGCGGUAGUGCGCUCAGGACUUCAUAGGGCGGCAUGAAUGCCGCCCAAUGAACUAUGUGCGCAUGUGCGGCAAAGCUCGCGCCCGCCUAUUUUGUAAUUUUAACGAAAUAGGGGGCGCAGCUUCACGAGGCUCCCGGCGCUGGAACCAGGUGAUUAAAAAGGGCUGCCUGUAGUGUCCCUUUAAUUAAAACUGGUCUAAGUAAUAUUAAUAUAUUUAAAUUAUAUUUAAACAGAGCUGGCAUAAUGGCCGUUGAACCAGAUACAUUGAAAAAGAACGUAAGUAUGUUUUCUUAAUUAAGCUUGUUGAGAUUCUGUGUCUUUCCUCUUGAGUUGUGAAUUCAACUUUUAAUUGUUGGUAUAAUGGGAAAUUAUCCUUUAAAUAACAUAAAUGUUUUAUAGUAUUUUAGUAAACUAACUCUUUGAGGUUACCACCUCUAAAUAAAUCUAUGCCAACAUGAGUGCUUUGCAAAUGAACCGUGUAAAGGUGCAGAGGUAAUUGAUUCUCAACCCAUGGAAAAGCAGAAUUGCAAAUUGACAAACAAUAGUUUGUUUUAGCUACGGAAAGUAAUAUUAUUCUUAAUAUUAUCAUUGCCAUGCACAACUUUACAAUAUGAUAAAGGGGUAAAUUUAACAGAUGAGACUAAAUGCUUCAAAUUUGACAGGAAAAAGAUGUUGAUUAGGACCCUACUCGAAUGAGCUUAAAAUCUAGUGAAGGUGUUUUAUAAAACACAUAUGGAAGGGCAGUGUGGGGUAUAGCAACCAAGUGACAGGGUGGGAAAGCAGUAGAAUUAGAAGAUUGGAGUGAAGAGAUAGGUUUGAGGAUUGACAGGUACCCUGGAAGACCAUAGCAUGUUCUGAAGAAAUUGGUUAUAAAGCACUUGUUAAAUGAUUAAAGUCUAUAAAAUAUAAGCCUGGGAGCAGCAUUCAUUAUGGACUGUAAAGAGACAGUAUGGUUUCCGUAGAGACCAUUUGGAAAUUACAGUGUUUUGCACAAAAGAAAAAACAUUGAUUUUUGUGAUUUUGUUUAAAAAAUAAGAGGCAGAAAAUAUUGUAGAAUACAUUAAAAUAAAACUAUUUUUUUUAUAGUUAAUUCAAACAUAGCAACCCUAUACCUACUCCUCACCUGGUUGCCGCCACACACGGUUGACACCAUCUGAACCAAAUAAGCUUAUCAUGGUUUCAUUGGACCACAGGACAUGGUUCCAGUAAUCCAUGUCCUUAGUCUGUUUGACUUUAGCAAACUGUUUGCGGGCUUUCUUGUGCAUCAUCUUUAGAAGAGGCUUCCUUCUGGGAUGAUAGCCAUGCAGACCAAUUUGAUGCAGUGUGUGGCAUAUGGUCUGAGCACUAACAGGCUGCCCCCCACCCCUUCAACCUCUGCAGCAAUACUGGCAGCACCCAUAUACAUUUAUUUCUCAAAGACAACCUCUGGACAUGGUUCAGAGCACGUGCACUCAACUUCUUUGGUCGACCAUGGCAACCUGUCCUGUGAAACCGCUGUAUGGUCUUGCCCACCGUGCUGCAGCUCAGUUUCAGGGUCUUGGCAAUCUUCUUAUAGCCUAGGCCAUAUUUAUGUAGAGCAACAAUUCUUUUUUUCAGAACUUCAGAAAGUUAUUUGCCAUGAGGUGCCAUGUUGAACUUCCAAUUACCAGUAUGAGAGAGUGUGAGAGCGAUAACACCAAAUUUAACACACUUGCCUAACAGACGCAGAUUGGGACAGAAUCAUCACCCACGUACAGAAAACACCAGGUUCGGCGAGACUCCAAGAAAACUCCUAUAAAAUCCUUACCAGGUGGUACAUAACCCCAUCCAGCCUCCAUGCAAGAGACCCCCAGAUCCCAGACACAUGCUGGCGAUGCGAAGAAGCGACAGGCACGUUCAAACACAUCUGGUGGGAAUGCGCUCGUAUUAGACCCUAUUGGGAGACGGUUCGGAAAAUAAUUCAAGACAUAACGGACGAGGCCCUGCCACAGACACCAGCCGCCUUUCUUCUCCAUCACACCACCAUGCCGACACCGGCCUACUCCAGAUCCGUCAUCCCGAGACUCCUAAACGCGGCCAAGGCAACGAUCCCCAUGUUCUGGAAGCAGACGUGUACACCACCCAUGAGACGAUGGAUAGAGGAAGUGGAAGAAGUGAGAAAAUACGAAGAUAUGAAAGCAAUCACCCCAAAACAAAAAGACAACUACACAAAACGCUGGUUCCACUGGCUCCGAAACAUCAACACGGACGACUUCUUACAACACAUAUCCGAACCAUAAGCAAAAGUGGGACGAGAGGCGCAGGGACACCCGGGGGAGCUCGGGUAGAGGUCCCGGGGGACGGCAGACCUGGAGCGGCGACGGGGAGUACGAUCCCACCGACUCACGAGACCUCCCUCCCCGCACCUCAAUGACCACACUAGACAUGAGACAGAGACCACGACAACCCUCCAAACCCAGACCCACCAAGGCUUUGCCCUAACCGCACUCCAACAGGAAGCAAACAUAAAGCUGGGGGAAAACGCACCACCCACAGACGCUCAAUGAACCACUAAUACAGCAACCCAUAAUCCGGAGACCCACGACCACCCAUACAACCACACAAGACCCAACUACCAACCAAAGACAAACCCCAACCCAGAGAACCCACCCACCCACAAGAACACAGGGUACACACCAGGGACACAUAACCCCUCAACAAGAGGGCCAAACUCACACAGGAACACCUGGCUCAUAACGGGAGACACCCCCCCCUGGAGACACCAAGACAGGGAGGCACAGGAAUUACACACACGAGAGCGAGAGCCGAGAACCACACAACACCCACUGCAGGAACCCAUAGAAAGGGCCGGGCAACAGGCUAGCCAUGCAGUAGACAAAGAUAGACAGGGCUCAGAUCAAAAGCGUAGUAGAAAAAGCUACUAGCAGACCCAUACUUCACCAAGCCUAACGAAUGCACCACCAAGGCCCACGGAGCAGUGAUCACCUGGACCGCCCUGACACACCCGACCAACUACGAGUCCAACAACAGCAAUAUCCAAGGCAGCCACACUACACCCAAAAGGGAUACAUUACCCCCCAAAAAAAAAAAAAACACCUAUCCCUAAGGACCCCGGGGAAACACACACAGGACACCGCAGACCUACCACACACCAGCUCGCACAUGACGAUAUAAGGAACCACUACAGCAUCAUACCAGAACAGGCCAACGUUUUUAAUACUAAUAUUUGAGCUACUGUGAAGACAGCACACCGACUACCAUGAUAUGGUAGAGCAAAACAAACAAUCAGCAUCUGUACAGACAUAUUGCCCGCCACCUCUGUUAUACGGGCAGAGCCAUUGACCAGGCGAUGUCGACGCACAAGCUUGAACUAAAAGUUUGAAAUCAAAGUACAUUAGCCUAAUUAAUAUAAACGUGAAAAUAAAAACAAUUUAACACAUAACACCUGCAGAAACCAACCAACACAAACACCAGCACACACCAGCUAACACAAUACAAAUCCACAAACCCGCUGAUACAAACUACAGCACGACCAAGCCAACACAAGACAACAAUAUAAACACAUUCACACACUUCUGCCAAAAAAUAAAAAAUAAAAAAAAUAAUCAAAUCUCACAGACACAUAAUGGUAGCCCACACACCACCUAUCGACAUCAUCACCAAAUUUAGAUAAUGUUUCAUAUUAGCAGAUAAUCCAUAGAAUCAAUACUGUUAAAUAUACGUAACAUAUGCUUUUAUACCUAAACUUUUCCGCCCUACCAGGCACCGACUGUUUGAAUUUGAUUCAUACUAUGCUUGUUGGUAAAUGCCUCUGACAUCUGUUAGAUAAGAAUUGCUUACCUCCCCUGCGUGGGAUGACCGCUUAUCCAACAUCGCAACUCUCACAACAUGUGCCAAACUAUUAGGCCAGAGGGCAAGAGUAAUUCAAGCUCAACAUACUGCUGUAUACUUUAUUUGAAUAUUUAGAUAAUGCCUCAUGUUAGCAGAUAAUUCAUAGAAUCAAUAUCGUUAAAUAUACGUAACAUAUGCUUAUAUACUUAAACUUUUCCGCCCUACCAGGCACUGACUGUUUUGAAAUUGAUCCAUACUAUGCUUGAUGGUUAAUGCCUUUGACAUAUGUUAACUAUGAUUUGCUUACCUCCCCUGCGUGGGAUGACCGCUUAUUGAAUGAACCAAUAAAACAGAUUUAAAACAAAUUUAACACACUUGCUCCCUAUUCACACCUGAGACCUUGUAACACUAACGAGUCACAUGACGCCAGGGAGGGAAAAUGGCGAAUUGGGCCCAAUUUGGACAUUUCCACUUAGUGGUGUACUCACUUUUGUUGCCAACGGUUUAGACAUUAAUGGCUGUGUAUUGAAUUAUUUUGAGGGGACAGCAACUUUCCACUGUUAUACAGGCUGUACACUUACUACUUUACAGUGUAACAGAGUGUCAUUUCUUCAGUGUUGUCAAAUGAAAAGAUAUAAAAUAUUUACAAAAAAUGUGAGCGGUUUAUUCACUUUUGUGAGAUACUGUGUGUGUAUAUAUAUAUAUAUAUAUAUAUAUAUAUAUAUAUUCAUAUUGUUUAAAUAAAUGAGGCAUCAUGAUAUUUUGAUUUUCUGUAGCAUGAAACGGUCACUGGAGCAACUAGAAUGUCCCUGAUAAGUCCACCACAAGAUGGACGUAUGGGUAAGUCAUCUACAAAAUCAAUGUUUUAUUUUUUAAGAAUUUAUGAACUUCACUGAAGCUCAUGGGCUCUCAGAAGCACUUUGUUAAGUGAAGUUCCUAUGUUCCAUUUUUUUUUCCCCCCAACAUGACUAGGGCUAUUUUAUUAACUCACCUUAGUUCACAAAGUGAUCUAAAAUCUGGAAAAAAAUUUGUAGUGUUUUACAAAAUUAUUCUUAACAGUAAAAAAAAGUUAAUAUAUUAUAAGUCUAAUAGGAUGGGAUAAGCGUUACACAAAAACAAAAUACUAUAUUUUCUAUGUAACAUAAAAUACAUACAGGGUUUUUUUUGUGUUUUUUUAUUCUUUAUUUUUGUCAUGACAGAGAAAGCGACAUGUCAAUAUUAUAUGGCUUGUGCAAAAGCUGAGUAACGGUAGUCACAUCUUUUUUAUGAUACAGAAAGGAAAAUCAUUAAAACGUGUUAAGUUUUACCGGCGUUGUCGCCAUCCGUCAGAGUUUUAGAUUUGAUAUACACAACAGAGAUAGUUAAACAUACAGACACUUAAUUGAGGGGAAUACACGUGAAAUAAAUGUAGUAAAUACAGGGACCAGUACCCUUAAGAGCAUAGGCAAUAUCAGACACCAGAGCUGUGGUGUUAUUAUCUGUCGGGUGGCGCGGGACAUGCCUGCGGGCAUCCUCAGUAGUAAUACAUACAUUUUUUAAUUAGGAAUUAUAAUUCUUUAUUUUUGUUUGUGCAAAAAGUAACAACAGGCGAGCAUAGCCACAAGAGCAUCUGCAGACAUUUUUCAUUACAUUUCAAAGUGUGGCAGUUAAAAUGGCACAAAUUUUUUAAAUAACAUGAGGUUAACGGGCUUUUAAACAUCAGUGGUUUAUAUAUUAGCAUGCUAGACUAAACAUAUAUAUAUAAAACAAGGUUAGUUGCGCUGAGGCUUCUAAAUAUUGAACAUUGCAUCGAUAAACUAGACAGCUGUUAUGAUUAGGGUGAGAUUACAUUGUCGACUACAGGGAAAUACCAGCAGAUUCACCAUCCGUUUGUACAAGCUUAAGGUGCCCCUUUAGUGAGGACUGGCUAAUAAAAUAUUGCAUGCGCUAUUAGAGUGGAAACAAGGUAGGCACCACAUUAGUAAACUGCAAGAGGUAAAGGUAAAAUAAAGACAUUGGAAGAACAUCUGUUACUCGAUGCUGAACUAACGGUCAGAGAUCCGUUCCUGCGAUAUAAGGUAUACUGUGAAAGUCCUGCUGUAACGAGACAUGCCUGGCAGGCUCCGGUCUCCAGUCUGUGUUCAUCCGAUCCCUUCCGGUCGCCAGAUGCAGUCUCCGGGAGCCCCUGUCUCCUGAGACUUCAGAGGUGUAGAUAUGACUAGAUGCCAGGUAUCUGGGUGGUAAAGUCGCGCUUUAGCAGUCGAUCGGCAUUGUCCUGGUGGGCAUGGCGCCUCUAGUCCGCUGUGGGGUUGUUGCAGCUUACAUUGGGGCUGUGUGCUUGUCAUGGUGAAGGCUCUACGUUUCUGCUUGCGCCACCGGACCUGUUUUCGGUGUCUCUUUGGGGGAUCUCUGGCGGCUAUCAGUCUGCGUCCCCUCUUGGUGCCCGGGAGUGUGGGUGGUGUAGGUGCAAGAGUGGUACAAUUAGCUUUAGCCGUGUUCAGUGCCCUCUCCGCAAUCCUGGUCCAGAAGGCAGCAAAAAUUGCAUCUAGCUUAGUCAGGGUGUAGUUUGGCGAUUUUCCGCUUGUCUCCAUGUUUGCUGACUGGCGUGUGGUAUCCGCCAUUUUGGAGUUAGGGACUCGUGGUGUUUGCAGUCUUUGGGACAUGAGUGUCAGCGGUGGGUAUGCUGCUGGUGCCGGGAUAUCCCCCACCGGCAGGGGGGGGGGAGAAGGCUCGUGGGUGGACCUCCGCAGUGUCUGAGUUUGCUUUCAGGGGGUUCCGGGCCGGGCGAUCGGCUGCCUCACCCAUGCCCUCACCUCCGUCCAGGCCGCUAUUCAGGCUAGUCGUCAUUGCGGUAGGCCCCAUCAAUUCAGCCCGCAUUCCUGGCGGCUUAGAGUUUCAGGAGUAACUUCUGUAUGUUCUCCUUUGCAGCCCCUACCAGGGUGAUGCAAAUUCAAACACUUUUGCAGCAUGAGAACUGGGGUUAAAAGUAAAGUAAAGUAGGAUUUCAGACAAGAGCUCUUGCUGCACGCGUCUGAUCAGCUCCCCAGCCAGGCUCCGCCCCCAAUACAUACAUUUUUUAACCACUUUUAGAGCAAGACAUGUGAGCUGACACCUUCAAUGCUAUAAACAUUUAAGUGUCAUAAAAACAUAAGUGAAUGCUGCUUGUUCAAUACCAAGAUUGAAACCUCUUUAAAGGGACAUCUCAUUGAAGUGAUCUGGAUGCAGUGUCCCUGUCCCCUUAACCAUGCAAUGUAAAACAUGACAUUUUAGAGAAAACUGUCUGUCUACCAGAGGACCCACAGAGUCUCUAAAAAUCCGAUAGGAAUGCAUUAAUUCAAUGCGAUCCUAUGGGUAAGGUCUAAUGUGCGUGCGGCGCUCGCCAUACAUGCUCAUUAGGUUCCUGAAUCACUGUGAUGUUGCCGGUGGUGGAGACUGACCCCGUGGGGAGGGACAGUGGUGCUGGAAUCAGGUAAGUUUAAAAAGGCUUAUUAACCCUUUACUCGCGAGUGGGUGUCGCAAGGGAGGGGGUCAGAGAGACACUAAAGUGCUAGGAAUACAGAUUUGUAUUUCUAACACUAUUGUGUUCCUUAAAGCAACUUGGCUGAAAGAAAAUUUUAUUCACCAGGUACCAAAUAAAUAUAAAACAGUAAUUGUAUUCUGAAAUGCACAUAGAUAAAAAAAUAUAUAUUAAAGGACCACUAUAGGCACCCAGACCACUUCAGCUUAAUGAAGUGGUCUGGGUGCCAGGUCCAUCUAGGGUUUACUGUGCCUGCUGUAAACAUAGCAGUUUCGGAGAAAUCAUUGACAGCCGCUAGAGGCGCUUCCGCGCUUCUCACUGUGAUUUUCAGUGAGAUCCACCUCCUGAUAGUACUGUGGGCACUGUUCGCGCAUGGAGCACGUCCUUAAAGGGAUACAAGGCAUGCUGUAACGUUGUACCAUUUCGACGUUGUCCAUAUCACUUGGAGUACCUUGUUCCUGCACGUUUUGAGGUUGCAGACAUGAUGUAUGCCAAUCAAUAAUCACCUAACACUAUUUAAAAUAUUUUUGCCUUUGUGAUUUCUGUUUUCAGUACCUGUUUAGCACGUUCCUAUAACUUUGUCUGUAUUUUUGGUAUUGAUCUUGGCUUGUUUUUAGAUAUUUAGCUCUCCUCCUCCUCUCCGCCUCCUCUCCUCUUCCUCGGCUGAAUGCGCAUGCAUUCAGCCAGUCUCAUAGGAAAGCAUUAUCAAUACUUUCCUAUGGACGCUGGCGUCUUCUCACUGUGAUUUUCACAGUGAGAAGCACGCAAGCGCCUCUAGCAGCUGUCAAUGAUACAGCCACUAGAGGCUGGAUUAACCCAAAUAUAAACAUAGCAGUUUCUCUGAAACUGCUAUGUUUAUAGAAAAAAUGGUUAACCCUAGCUGGACCUGGCACCCAGACCACUUCAUUAAGCCGAAGUGGUCUGGGUGCCUAUAGUGGUCCUUUAAGAAAAAAUUAUUUUGUCAUUUGAAGCAAAAUUAUAUUUAAAAAUGUUUAAAUGAGCAAGAUUGUUUUAUAAUCUUGAGCUGUAUGAUUUCACAAUUUUCAGGACACAUUUCAGGCAGAACUAUUCCAGGUCCAUUAAGGUAAGAAAACUGUUCUAAACUAAUUUUUGGUAACUACUGCAUAGUUCUUUCAAAAUGUUAAAAUCUGUGUUAAAGUAAUAGACCAGGCAGUAUAACCACUUUAGUGAUUAUGCUGCCAGUUUGACUUCUUACGGGGGGUCUGCCAGGUACUGAUCACUACCUCUGCGCAUGGAGCUUCCAUUGACUCCCCUGAGUUAAACCAUGCUUAUUGUUUAUUGACGGAGAGUGUCAGCUAGGCUCACAGUCAAUGUGCUAAGCCAUCUACUUCCAGGCUUGGCUCAGAGCAAACAGCUUCCAGCUGUCAUGGAGGCAUUAACCAACGUCGGACGCACCCUGGGAGGAAGUCAAACUAUUAGCAAUUGGCUUACAUUGUCUGGGCGCCAGGGCCAACUUUAUGGAGACUGUUUUUUAAAUAUUAGGAGAUUAUAUAUGGGGUAGAUAAAAACAAAAUGUGGCAUAACUUGACUGCAGAAAUGUCUUUUUGGACACUGAUUAGUGCUCGCUAGACACAACAUCAAUUUAAAGACAUAUAUUGACUUAGAAAACUAGGACAUUAAUUAGAGCCAAAAACCCUCAUUGCACAAGUUCAGUUUUACUAAGAUUAUUUUGACCGUUUGUCCAUGCUGCAGCACAGGAAUAAAAAACAUAGAUAAAUUAUAUUAAACCGCAACAAUACAGCUCAAGGGAACCUUUAAUGUGACCUGAAAGUGAUUAGCACUGAUCACUAUUUGACCGACUGUAACAGCUCAAGGAUCUGCAACAUGAGAGAGAGAUUUAUUUAUCAUGCUGUGAUCACACAGUACAGAGUGCGCAUGCAUACGUAGCAAUAUUUUGCCCUUACUCGAAUACAUAUAAAACUGUGGAAAUAAAAUUAUCCAAAACAGUUUACUAGAUUUCCACAAGGUGGCACACUUCAGUAAUAUAAUAAUAAAAAUACUGUUUUUGCCAAUGUUUAAAAGUAGCUUGUACCAAAUGUUUCAAUAUUAAACAAUCACACUUGACCUCUAUCACAGAAUGGCCUAAAACAUACAUACAGGAGACUGCUAGAGGUCAACACCUGAAAUAUGAAGAAAUAAAGAACAACAUAUUAUGGCAAAACACUGUAAAGAAAUGAUUAUUAAACUUUUUUUUUAAAGGGACUCAAGUGAUUUACAUGUUAUUUUUAAAAUGAUCUCACUGACCUAUUUGUCAGUCAAAAUAUAGUAUGUGGCAAAAUGAACUUGUUUAGACCAUCCACAAUUUUUAUAGGGUUUUCCACAACAAUGAGCAAUGUAGAACAAACUGUUGCGAUCACUUUAAUAGGUUCUGUUAAUUAUGACAAACAUACCUUGGAAUACCAUUUCAUUUUCCCAACAAAGAAUUUAAGUGAUACUUAUAUUAAAAAAAGUAUUUCAUAGAAAAAUGUUUUUUUUUUUACAGGUCAUCUAAGUUAGGAAGCUCACAACAGAUAAAUGCCCUCCGUCAAUUUUCACAAGACACAUUGCAAGCAAACAAAACAGCCGCUUGGGACAUGUCUACACAAAGGACACCUCAACUAUACCAGCGAACACCACAGUCAUCUCAGUCAACCGUGAUAAAACACCCCAUAAGUCUCAGUGGUUUCUUACAGAAACGCCCUUGA